ACUCCUUUCAUUCUGCAGUCUGCUAUAACGCUCAGGACCCAUCAGUUCUACAAAGUCCUCCGUGGAACAAAGGAGUAAUUACAACUGUCACAGGAACGCCAAAAACCUGAUAAGAAUACUGUAUAAUGUUUUCUGAUCAAUAUGACACCACAAACAUUUCAAAUAUUAGAACUACAUAUUCUGCCAAUUAAAAAAAACUGGUCUACGUUUUCUAAGCGGGAGUUGUUUGUCGAAGUUCUUUCCUGUGAAAAACUGAAAGUAAAUUCGACAACUUUUUUCUUUCUGUGGCUUCACCAAGGUUUUUCGACUUGCAAGACAGCAGCAGAAAUGAUUGAUAUGGGACUAGACCAGUCCUCUUCAGGAUUGUGAGGUCUCCUCUCUGAGAGUUAGAAUGAGUUAUCAUCAGGGGCUGAGGGUGGAGCCAUCCAUAAAGAAAGACAGAAGGAUGGGUCACCUAACAAGAUUCUUGAUGAGACCAUGGACCCUGAUAUGAGGGUCCAUCUGGAGAGACCAGUGUCACCAACCCCCAGUGAUCUAUCAAUGAAAAGUGACAAAUCAAUGCGUAACCCUCCUGUAUUCAAGGAGGAAGACUUGACUCAGAAAGAGGGGAACAAUUUGAAGCAUCUCCAGCUACGUGCAGCUAGUCAUUGUGACCAGUCAGUGAAUUCAAGCAAAUACCCAAGUGAUGAUGGAGACCAAACCAGGGAUGGAAGCAUCAUCAGGCCAGAAGAGAUGGUCUGUGAGGUCAAAGCUGUGAAGUUCUGUCUGACCUGCACUCAGUCCUACUGUGGGACCCACGUUAAGAAGCACUACACAGUACCUAAACUACAGAGACACACCCUGGUGGAGGUGACUGGAGACCUGGAGGAGAGACUCUGUCAGGAACACCACAGAGCUCUGGAGGUGUUCUGCAGGACAGACCAGAAGCUGAUCUGCAGUCUGUGUGUAGUAACAGAACAUGAAGGACAUGAUAUAGUCUAUGAUGAGAUAAAACAAGCUGGAAGACAGGUUGGAUGUUACAGCAGAGAUGAGGUGCACACUGUCAACCGCGCCCCCUGA